AUGCCUCAAUCUACCACCAUAAACUUCGGCGACAUCCUAGCCGGGUACUUAGCUAAGCGGAUGGACCUGCCCGUCUCGAAGCUCAUCAUCGCGUGCAAUGAGAACGACAUCUUCCACCGUUUCUUGCAGACCGGCACGUACGAGCAGAACCCCGUUCACGGCGCCGCGGCAGCAGGGGGUCUUGUACAGGAUGGGGCAACAGCGCACCCUGAGGGAGUCAAGCAAACAUUAUCGCCCUCGAUGGACAUUCUUGUAAGCAGCAAUUUCGAAAGACUGCUCUGGUUCGUCGCGCACGACGUCUACAGCUUAAACACCAACAGCGCACAAGAGAAGAGAGAAAGAGCGGGUCGGAAAGUCAAAGAAUGGCAGACUCAAUUAAAGACCAACGGCGGAUUCAGCGUCGAGAAACAAGUGCUGGAUGCCAUACGCGCAGAUUUCGCAGCGGAGCGGGUAUCGGAUGUAGAGACGAUUGCCACCAUCCGAAAUGUUUAUCGAUGGCCCAAGGGCUCUAUUUUAGAUCCACAUUCUGCAAUUGCGGUAACUGCGGCGCUGCGAUCUGCGGAGGGUGCACAUCAGGUGGCGCUGGCAACGGCGCAUCCGGCUAAGUUUGCGAAGGCGGUGGAGAUGGUACUGGUGGAGGAGAAAAGGGUUUCGGUUCAAGGAUAUCUUGCCAAUGCAGUUUGUGGGAUCGGAGGAGAGGCCGAGGAGGGCCUUACAAUCACCAACCCGCUCGUCCUAUACCGUGCUCUGCUCGCUACGAAACGAAUUGACCCGGACCCAGCCCAACAUCGUCUCGCGCUCCAUCUCCAAAAGCUCUACUAUCGCCUCAAGGACUACUCGCCCAAGGUCGACUUCAGCCACCGGCUAGAUCAGAUCAAUCGGCUUGUUAAAAAGCCUGCCAUUGAUCCGGCUGAGGCGGAAGAUAGGAAACAGCAGAAUAAUGGAAGACGCCACGGGAUCUUCUCAUCGUUGCGAGAGCAGAAGGCAAAGGCAGAUGCAAUGGCGCUCACAAGGAGGCUGACCAGUCAUGAAUCCGCUGUACAGUUGCAAUCACCUCAGGGUCUACUUCUAUACGGAGAGGUAGGAACAGGGAAGAGUCUGCUUGUAGACCUACUAGCCGACUGCUUACCCAACGGCAAGAAGAGACGGUGGCAUUUCAACACCUUCAUGCUCGAGACAUUUGCAAGGCUAGAACAACUGCGUAAGGAAAGGCAUACUGAGUCAUCGGCUAUGCCGAGAAGCGGAAGCCAAGAUGAAGAACAUUCUCUAUUAUGGCUUGCAAGGGACAUGAUCUCUACUUCUCCAAUACUCUUUCUGGAUGAAUUUCAAUUGCCGGAUCGUGCCGCUUCAAAGAUCCUAUCCAACCUCCUUACUUCUUUCUUUCACCUUGGCGGAGUUCUAAUUGCGACAAGCAAUCGUAUGCCAGAAGAAUUGGCCAAUGCGUCAGGCAUGGAGUUCGUCGCACCACCGUCUUCACGGCUAGGCCUCUUGGGGAACAGAUCGGGUCUAUUGGGAUCCAGGAACCAAGGCGGGAGGAGCGAGAAUAUGUUUGCCGGAAAGGGUGAUUUUGCUGCAUUCUUAGAAGUUCUACGGGCAAGAUGUGAGACAUGGGAUAUGGAAGGUGGCAAGGACUGGAGAAGACGUGAAGCUGAAGAAGAAACCUCUACUGAUACAAUGUUAGACGAGGCCAGCCUGAAAUCUAAUGUCGAAGGCUUUGGAGGUCUUGAGCCUAUAGCCCCUGGAAACUGGGGUCUGGGAUACGAACAGAGCCUACAUGUCAGGGAAACAAGUAAAGAGGUGUUUUUAAACAAAAAAGAUUCUAAAGUAACUGCACCCAAGCAUUACUUCGUAAGACCGUCAACAACAGUAUCUCAUGAGGAGCUCGUGACGCUGGACAGCGCUUGGAAGGCCUUGGAGCUCCAUGCAAUUCAAAGUCCUGCGGUACUACCAAAUGAUGACCUUGCCAUACCCUGGAAGGACACCACUCUACGAGUCUACGGCCGCAAUCUUCUGGUUCGUCGACACCUCUCUGGAGUCACCAAAUGGACCUUCGACGAGCUCUGCAGCACAAAUCUUGGCCCAGCAGACUACAUCACGCUCGCCUCAACAUUCCAUACUUUAAUCCUCACCGAUGUUCCCAUUCUUAAUUUUCUCCAAAAGAAUGAAGCGCGCCGUCUCAUAACCCUCCUCGACGCACUUUAUGAAGCCCGCUGUAAAAUACUCAUCGGCGCAGAGGCAGGCCCAGACGACAUCUUCUUUCCCGAGAUCAAACAACUCCCCGAAGACGGCGUAAGCACCGCAUCUGGCGAUGAAGAAAUCUACCCCGAAACCUUCAGUGAAAUCUUCCAAGACCAGACCUCCCCCUUCCGCCCCAACACCUCUUCCUAUAUUUCCUCGGCUUCCCCACCGUCGUAUUCCACAACCCCCCUCCCUUUCCCACAAUCUCAAGCCUCAUCAUCCCGCUCCAUUCUAGCAGACGAAGACAGCGACUUCGGCCCAGUCUACGGCGCCGGCCGAAGUCACGGACCAAGCGAUGGUGCUCCAGGUGCAGGAAACGAGAUUGGCCGGCAGUCUCCCGACUUCGCCCGUACUGGAACAUUCACAGGUGAGGAUGAGAGGUUCGCGUACAAGCGAGCUCGGAGCCGUUUGUGGGAGAUGUGUGGAAAGAGAUGGUGGGCGAGGGACGAAGAAGGGUGGUGGAGGCCUUUGGGGAAGGACGCCAGGCGUUGGGAGGGAGCCAUGGACGAUUUGGCUCGUGUCACCUCUGCCCAAGGUGCCCUCCAAGCUGAGGAGGGAAUCAACCAAGAAGAAGUGUUCAGACAUGGCGCUAGUCCUUUUCGUACGAGUCAAGAGGCUCCUCCGAAAUUUGGCUGGGAGCAUGCAUGGGGCCUUAUCAAAUGGGGGAAGAAGGCUGGGGCGUGGGGAAAGGGGGUUGAAGGACUGGGGGAGAGAGGCAAGCCAGAGGUCUCGGAGACAGAGAGGAGGAGUAAGCGGCGAUGA